AUGUCAAUUUACACUACUAUAACUGCUUCAUUACCAUUUAUUGAAGUUGAUUUAAAUUUAACUCCACAGCAAAUGUCUAUGUUUAUUAAUGGUCUCAAAUAUAUUAUACCAUGUCAAAGUCGAUUGUCUCGUAAAUCUAUCGAACAACUUGUUACUGAACAAUAUCAAAGUAUAUCAACUAUAGUAAAAAAUUGUCUUAAAGAUCAUCGAUUAUCAACUACAGAUGAACGAGCAAAACAAGCAUUUCAGGCAUUAGAACAUCUUUUACAUGAUUUAUAUUCGAAACCAUUAACAAAAAAAUUAACAAUACGUGCACAACGUGAAUAUAAAGUAGUUAAAAGUAUUCAACAUAUUCUACGUCAACGAUCAGAUAUGGUUAUACGUCGUACAGAUAAAAGUAAAGUAUUUUAUAUUGGUAAAGCAACUGAUUUUGGAAGAAAAGCCGAAGAAUACAUGUUAAAAACUGAAGCUUAUCAAGAAAUUACGAGUGGUCGUUGUCCUCUUGCAGAUAAUUUACAUGCUGUACAAACUUUACUUGGUUAUCUUGAAACACGACAUGUUCUAACUAAACAACAACGUAAAAAUAUAUCUCCAAACAUAAACAAGUUAGAAUUAGGUCAUUAUCAUGGUCUACCUAAGCCGCAUAAGCCUGGUACACCAUUAAGACCUAUUGUUGCAUGUAUACAUGCGCCAGUUACAUUGGUAUCGAAAUUUUUGAAUGAUCUUUUGGCACCCAUCUAUUUGAAAAUUGCUCGUGAAACAACAUUUAUUAAUGGAAUCGAUGUCAUUCGAAAAUUAGAAAAGUAUGUCAAAGAUGGUCAUCUUCAACCGACAACAAAAUUUAUUACCGUUGAUGUUAAUGAUCUAUAUACUAUGAUACCUAGAGAAUGUGCAUUACAAGCAUUAACUCGAUUUUGUAUUAAACAUUCUCAACAAAAUAGAAUUGGUACAUUCAUUAUUGAUCAUAUUAUGAAGAUGGCUCGUUUAAUACUGGAUAACAAUUGUUUUGCUUACAAUAAUAAAUAUUAUAAACAAAUUCGUGGCGGAGCUAUGGGUUCAGUAUUUACACAAGUGUUAGCAAAUAUCUAUAUGUAUGAAUGGGAACAAGAUUUAAUCAAACAUCAAGCAUUAAAUAAAGAAAUCUAUGGGAGAUACAUUGAUGACAUAUUCAUGACAACCAAUCAAAACUCAAAUGAAAUUAAAAUAGAACUCGAAAAAGCCAACAAGAAAGAUAUUAAUAUAAAAAUUAACUAUGAAAUCGAUACAUCAGUUCAUUUCUUAGAUAUUACUGUAGCAAAUGAAAAUAAUCGAUUGAAAACAUCUAUCUACCACAAACCAGCGGCUGAACCAUAUAUAUUGCCAUAUACAUCAGAUCAUCCACGACAUAUUCCUCGUAACAUACCAUAUGCUGCUUUAUUACGUGCCACCCGAAUUUGUUCCAAUGUACAUGACUUCAAUUCAGAGUGUAUUCGUAUUGAUCUGUCACUAUUAUUAAAUAAUUAUCCACCAAAGCUUAUCUCAAAAACAUUCUUUCGAUUCUUCCAUUUAAAUGAUGCUAUACCUGUAUUAAAAGAAUUAAAUGAAGAAAUUUAUGAUCGCUUACAUAAAAGAUUGUUACAUCAACCAACACGACGUGGAAAGCAACUGAACAUGAUGUUACAAGAUCCAAUUCAAUUGCCAACAGUAUUGCAACCUAGAAUAUGGGAUAACAAUGUCAUGUACCCACGUUACCGAUACGACAGUUCAAUAUCUAUCGAUUUUCCCAAAAUAUUUUAUCAAUGGUGGCGAACAUACUUUGCAAACAACGUACCAAUAAUGAAAAAUGUUAAAGUUCGACUGGCCACCAGUACGAAUCCAACACUUGAAACUUUCAUGAUACAUAAGAAACCUCCAAGAGAAAUGCUUACAAAGAUGGAGAACAGCUAG